AUGGUCUGUUCUUCCACUGCCGCACCCCUGCAGUUGCGUGACGGACGCAAAAUCAUAGGCACGCUGUGCUCAUUUGACCAAUUUGCCAACUUGGUGUUGUCAGGCGCCAAGGAGCGCAUCAUAGUGGGGCAGCAGUACUCGGAGAUCCCGCUGGGCCUGCAUGUUGUCAGGGGCGAGAACGUCGUAUUGCUGGGGCAGCUGGAUGCAGCAAGAGAGCCGCCGCCAGGCCUGGAGUUGGUCACCGAGGCGGCCAUCAAGCAGGCGCAGCGGGCGGAGCGCGAGGCAGAGAAGAUGAAGGGGCUCAUUCUUGCACGCUUUGACUUCCUUUCAGACAUUUGA